CACGCUCCCUCGAGUUUAACGGUCGCGAGAGGCCGCUCGCCCGACCCUGACAUCGGCUGUGGGAGCAGCGGCCAGGUGUCGUGGGGACGAAGAGCGUGACAUUUCGUUACCGGGAAAUAUAAAAAUGGCUCUGUGCUUAUAUCCAUUGUCCAUCGAGUUUUGUUUUAUAUUGUGUGUGUAUGUGUGUGUGUUUGUUUGUUUUUAAUUUUGCAUUUAGGUCGGGGGUUUCUGCCCCCUUCCUUCGUUCCCUCCCCUCACCCCCCACCCCUCCACUGGAGAAGCAUCUUUGCCUCUCAGGUGGUUUUUCCAUCUGCAUGUUCUGCAUCCGGAUUACCUCGGCGGGGGGAAAUAAUAGAUGGGAUUGCAGAUCCACGUCCGUGGAGAGUUUGUGUUUCCCCGGAGAAGAGCAGGGUGAUUUGAAUCCAGCUAUUUUCGUUGCCACUUGGAAGGUGCAGCCCCAGACUUUUUCAAUACCACAUUUGUCGUUGGCUAUGGGCUGAGCCCCUGGGGAGAAAUCCAUUUAGACUCUCUUGGGAGCUUAGGAUAUUUCACAGUUCUGAAUGUUAGCAUCUGAAAAUGCCUGUAGACGAUGAAGCAUCUGAAGAUGACUCGGAUUCAGUUUCUUCAAACAUUGAAAGAACCUACAUUCUCAAAUAAGAGAGUAUAACAAUUUCUGUACACUAUGGAAGAUAUUGAUUUGGUGAAACCCUUACGAAAAACUUCAUCUUCUGUAGAAUCUGAUAUAAAAAAUUCUCCCCAUUCUUUUGGACUGAACUUAAAUACUAAUAGAAGUAGUCCCCACCUUAGUACAAAUGGGGUAUCCUCUUUCUCAGGGAAGACCAGACCAUCUGUAAUUCAAGGUACAGUUGAAGUCCUAACCUCUUUAAUGCAAGAGCUACAAAACAGUGGAAGGACUGAUUCGGAACUUUGGAAAAACUGUGAGACCAGGUGGUUACAACUAUUCAAUUUGGUGGAAAAACAAUGCCAACAACAGAUAGUUGCCCAGCAGGAACAGUUCCACAACCAAAUUCAACGAAUACAGGAGGAGAUAAAAAAUUUAGUCAAGUUACAGACCAGUAAUACUUCCUGGGCUUCCUCCGAUAGUUCUUUAAGCAAACAGUUAUCUUCAGAAAGUCAAAUGGGUUUUUUUUCUGAAAACAGUGAGAGAAAUGAACCUAUUAUCAGUUAUCCUAAGUCUACAGAACCCGAAAUGCAGCAAGAAACGUCCACGUCACAACCAGACUGCAAUGUGGAUAGUAGCUCAGUGAGCAGUGGGUAUGGUACCUUUUGUGUCUCUGAAUUAAAUGCCUACAAAUCUAAGGACCCUCAGGAGUUCAUGGAGCACACAGAAGUUUCUGAAGGACAGUUUGGAGCGCCUUUGGGGCAGACGGAGUCACUUGUAGAUGGUGUAAAAAACAAGAGUUUUCAUAUACAUACCACUGAAGAGUUUUGCGCAUCUGUAAAGGAAGAUAUUUCCAUUUUUCCUGGUGAAUUUGAACACCAUUUUCUUGGCGAAAAUAAGAUUUCAGAAGUAUACAGUGGAAAAACAAACAGUAAAUCUAUAACAUCAUGGGCACAAAAGCUGAAGCAGAACCAACCAAAGAGAGCACUUACAGAAGACGAGUGUUCAGAAUCUAUGCAAGGAAAUGAGCAAGCCAAGAAGUCACCAGUUGAGAAAUCUAAUUUCACUGCUGCUAAGCAGCCUCAUGCUUUUUACCUCAAUAAACCAGAUGAGAGUCCAAAUUCUUGGAUGUCUGAUUCAGGAACAGGACUGACUUACUGGAAGCUGGAAGAGAAGGACAUGUAUCACUCUUUGCCUGAGACUUUAGAGAAGACGUUUGUACCGGCCUCCUCCACAGAUACGUCCCCAAGCCAGUCUAAUACUAGUAAUGAGAUGAAGCUACCAUCACUGAAGGAUAUUUAUCAUAAAAAACAAAGGGAAAACAAGCAGUUACCUGAGAGGAAUCUCACUUCUACUUCCAACCCAAAUCAUCCACCAGAGGUACUAACUCUAGAUCCAACGUUACACAUGAAGCCAAAUCAGCAGAUUUCAGGGAUUCAACCACAAGGCUUUUUGAAUGACCUUGAUGACAGAAUAUCCUUUUCACCAGACUCUGUUCUAGAACCUAGUAUGUCUAGUCACUCUGACAUAGACUCAUUUCCACAAGCAAGUAAUAUCGCUUCUCAGUUAUCUGGAUUCCCAAAAUAUCCUUCAAAUACAAAAGCUUCACCAGUGGACUCUUGGAAAAAUCAUGGGUUCCAAAAUGAAAGUAGGACCAGUUCCACGUAUCCUUCAGUUUAUACUAUUACUAGUAAUGACAUCUCGGUCAACACUAUAGAUGAAGAAAACACUGUCAUGGUAACCUCAGCCUCAGUCAGUCAGUCCCAGCUUCCAGGGACAGUCAACAGUGUCCCAGAAUGCAUUUCCUUGGCUUCCCUGGAAGAUCCUGUGAUAUUGUCCAAAAUUAGGCAGAACCUGAAGGAAAAGCAUGCUCGACACAUAGCGGAUCUUCGAGCUUAUUAUGAAUCAGAAAUAAAUAGUUUGAAACAGAAACUGGAGGCAAAGGAAAUUUCUGCAGUUGAAGAUUGGAAGAAAACCAACCAAAUUCUUGUAGACAGAUGUGGCCAUUUAGAUAGUGCUCUGAAUGAAGCUACCAGUCGUGUGAGAACACUUGAAAAUAAGAAUAACUUACUGGAAAUAGAAGUCAGUGAUUUCAGAGAACGCUUCAAUGCAGCCAGCAGUGCUUCCAAAAUUUUGCAGGAACGGAUUGAGGAAAUGAGAAUAAGUAAUAAAGAAAAAGACAAUACCAUCAUUCGACUAAAAUCUCGACUGCAGGAUUUAGAAGAAGCAUUUGAGAAUGCUUACAAACUCUCAGAUGAUAAAGAAGCGAGACUGAAACAAGAAAACAAAAUGUUUCAAGAUCUCUUAGGAGAAUAUGAGUCCCUUGGAAAAGAACACGAAAGAGUAAAGGAUACAUUAAAUACAACUGAGAACAAAUUGCUUGAUGCACAUACUCAGAUUUCUGAUUUGAAAAGAACAAUUUCAAAACUUGAAGCUCAGGUCAAGCAAGUAGAGCAUGAAAAUAUGUUAAGUCUUCGCCAUAGUUCUAAAACUCCCAUGAGAUCCUCACGUGCCAACACGCUGGCCACCUCCGACGUCAGCAGGCGCAAGUGGCUGAUACCAGGAGCGGAGUAUUCCAUCUUUACUGGCCAGCCUUUGGACACCCAGGAUAACAGAGUGGAUAACCAGCUAGGGGAAACCUGUGCUCCCGGGUACCAUUCUCCUCCGGAAAAGGAUUCUUCAUCUGAAAGUUCACCAAGAAGCUUAUUGAUAAAAAAACAAAGAGAGACUUCAGAUACACCAAUCAUGAAAGCUUUAAAAGAACUCGAUGAAGGAAAAAUAUUUAAAAAUUGGGGCACACAGACAGAGAAAGAGGACACCUCAAAUAAAUUAGCGAAUCCUCGGCAAACUGAAACGUCAGUCAGUGCAAGUCGGUCCCCAGAGAAAUGUGCCCAACAAAGACAGAGGAGAUUUAAUUCUGCUUCACAGAGAUCCUCGUCUUUACCACCUUCAACUCGUAAAUCAAGUACUCCAACAAAAAGAGAGAUUAUGUUAACACCAGUGACUGUGGCUUAUAGUCCAAAGCGAUCCCCUAAAGAAAAUUUGUCCCCAGGAUUUAGUCAUCUACUGAGCAAAAAUGAAAGCAGUCCAACUCGAUUUGAUAUACUUUUGGAUGAUUUAGAUACUGUUCCUGUGUCUGCAUUACAACGUACCAAUCCAAGAAAACAACUCCAGUUUCUUCCUCUAGAUGACUCGGAAGAAAAAAAAUACUCAGAAACAGCCACCGACAUCCGGGCUAAUCACAGCUCUUCUCCCGGACUGCUGCCACAUGGAAGGAAGGAAGUGUCUGUGAGACCAGCCUGGGAGAAGAAUAAGUCAGUUAGCUAUGAACGGUGUGAGCCCGCGUCGGUAGCCCCACAUGGUAAUGAUUUUGAGUAUACAGCAAAAAUUAGGACCCUAGCUGAAACGGAACGGUUUUUUGAUGAACUUACAAAAGAAAAAGACCAGAUUGAGGCAGCACUAAGUCGAAUGCCUUCUACUGGAGGACGAAUCACUUUGCAGACAAGAUUAAACCAGGAAGCCUUGGAAGAUCGUUUGGAAAGGAUUAAUCGAGAACUGGGCUCAGUUCGAAUGACAUUAAAGAAAUUUCAUGUUUUGCGCACCUCUGCAAAUCUCUGAGAUUUGUAGCCAUUAAAUUUUGAGACGUUUUUGUUUGCACUAAUGUAUAAUUAUGCACUCAGAAAAGGCAAACUAUUUUGUACUGUUUAUAAGCCUUCAAAUAGUAGUUUUACAAUCAUGCUAUUCUUUACACUUACUGUUUUAUACUUCAAAUGGCCACAUAUUUUCAAGAUAUUUUUGUUAUGCUCAGGAAUCUCUUGUAUAUUUUACUAUUUAAAAAGUAUUAUUUUUAAAUAGUGUAAGUCUCCAGUUUAUAUCAAUAGUAAGGAAAUGUAAACAGGGGAGGCAGCUUGUUUCUAAACACAUAGUGUUAUCCUUUUACAAUUACCUUUGCACACUAAUUUUAUAUACUUGUUCUACCUUGUGAAUAUGAUUGUUUUUUUAAAUAAAUGCUUAAGAAUAGCUUCUAUAAUAAUAGACUAAUACAUGCUGAAUGCAAAAAAAAAAAAUGCAGCAUACCCUGGAUUUUAGUUGUGUUGGGAUUUUUUUUUUUAAUGGUAAUGCAGUUCCUGUUAGGAACACGUCUUAGAGUGAAUAUUAGAAUAGUAAUAAUGGAAAUAUUGGAAAUAAUGGAAUAUUGGAAAGCUUUGGAAACUAUGAAUAACUCCUUUUGUUUCCCUUGAACUUUAUUGUCUGUAAGGAAGGAAAAAUGAGAGUUGUAAUUCUCUAAUGUCGUAUAUGUAGUACUUCUCAGAAAACGGUAAGCAGUUGGGGAGCUGUAGCUUUGCACUCAGCAUUCCGAGUGGAACUGUGUCCCUGCUGUGGCCAUAAGUUGAUGGAUGAAGCUUUGAUGGAAGACAGACCACCACCCAGUGAGGUGGUUUCCUCCGGGUACAUGGCUUCAGCCGUCAGUCACCAUGCAGAUGUAUUUAACCCUGCUGCGCUCCUCUUCCCCUGCCAAAAAAACCUCCUGCCAUAGCAGGGGCUGUCAGAAUGCUAGGUUUAGAUUAGAGCACCCGCGCCUGCUUGUGCAUGGACACAGAAUGUGUGUAGAUGGAGCGUUGGGCCUUUGGCCAUGCUGGAGGGCUCCAGCUCCCGGCCUUGGCAGUGGCACGUGGGCAGGAGGCUGUGCUCUGAUCAGCAGCACUAGCAGGUAUAUGGUCUGACUGCUGGUCAAGUCUGGGCUGUUCCACUGCCCACUUUUCGGUGGCUGGUCGGAAUCCAGUGCCCAUAUUCCUGUACACGGUCAUAAAUAGACGCAUUCUGAACUUUCAAUAUUUAUUCCCACUGAUAAAGCUCAGGUUUUAAAGUUUGGUUUUCUUUUGAACUUUUUCUUCUUAUGUGACCCUUAGUAGCUUGUAGUUCUAAUGAGCCAAGCCAACCAUCACUCCACUAGGGUCUGUGUAUGCCUUUGAGCAGGGAUCUCAAACUAUCUUUGAGUACCCUUCACCAAAGCUUACCUGGCUGAGCUCCAGGUGUGCUGCCCAGCGGUGCUCCCUUCUCAGCUUUGCUGGGGGAGAGGGGUCCUCCAUAGGGAGGGGCCAUCUGACACCUGACUCUUGUGUUCCUAUCCAUGAGUUGAACCUUUGCUCCUGACUCCUGCCACCAGUUGAAGACCUUGGGCUAAUCACAAUUAUUCAGCAACCAAAUAAGUGCCUUUAUUCGUAGUAUUUUUUUCUAGCCUUUUUUUUUUUUUAAGUCAACUAAUUAUAGUAAAGAAUAAGUUAAUUUUAAUCAAGCUCCAGUACAGCUGUGUCAAGACCUAGUAAAGGGAUUGACUUUACCGACGGUAUUCCCUUUGUGUUCCUAUAUGUGACAUUAAAAUCUAACUUGAAAAUUACUAGGAUAUUCAUUGUUCUCUCCAUUUAUCACGAAGUCCAUCUCAAGAAUAGGAAAUUGCCAUUUCAGAAGAGAUAGUUUUAUCUUGUGAAGGAGUUAUCUUCUUAGUAGUCUCUAUUGGCUCAUUCCAAGAAAGAUCGGAAACCCCAUCAAAACCUCUUCUGUGCCUCUCAGAAGACACGCGCUUUGAUUCUUGAAACGUAUCAUAGAUUGGAAGUAGCAGUUACUUACUUAAACAUUAAAAAAACCUUUUUCUUCAUAGCUUUGAAGAGGAGAACCAAGGAAAAUCCUCUGAGCCAUCUUUCCCUUUUUUGUGCUUAAUUUACAAACAUAGAAUGCUCAGCUUAAAAACAACCCCAAAGGUGGCGAUGUUAGAAAGUAGCCGGUGUCCCUGGGAGGUGAACUAUUCCGUGUCCGGCUGGGGCUGAGCUGCUGGGGAGUAAACCUGAGUGCACCUUCCAUUUUAGGAUUAUUUCAAUGCAAAUAGAGUUUGCUCUCUCUUUUCCCUUGGUUCUGCCCCCUUCCUCUCCUUUCAGGAGCCCCCAGGCACAGUAUGUUGUCCCGCCGAUGCCGAAGGGGUGGCUAAGGGCAGAGCUGCUGGGCCGGGGAGGGAGAGCCAGGCAGACCUGGGUCAUCACCAGGCUCAGGCCUGCCCCCCUCGGCAGCAAGAGAUAAGAUGAAGCGAUAAGAAGCUUCCUUCCAUUUUAAAGGAGAUUAUGUAAAGUACCUGGUGCUUAGUAACUUUUCAACAAAAGUACACAUUUCAGAUUCAUUCUGAGUUAAUGAGGUGUUUGAAGUAGUGAUUUAGGACUUUUUAAAUAGAAAAGUAGGUUGUGCCCCCAGCAAUUGACUUAAGAAUGACCUUGGGUUGGUUGUCAUUUCUGUUAGGUGGUCUAAGAUGAUCUCUCCACUUUUUUGCAAGAAAAAUGAGAUUUGGAGUUCAAAUGAUCCUCUUCCUGGUGUGAGGUGUUUGUUUUUUACGUGACUAUUAAAACUGGUAACCUGUUGGGUAGAAGUUCAGAAGCAUCUUAAAUAGGUGAUGGGUUAUUUGAUGUAAAUAUAGGCUAUUUUCCUUAAAAAAAAAAAAAAGGUGGCCACUUAAGCAAAAUAAUGGCUCCUUUGAAUGUUCCAUAACUAGACCUCCACCGUGGGGGCCUGUAAGGUAGGACCGCAGGAAGGCCGGCACUGGGCAUCAGAAGAGCCAUAUAUAAAGAUGAGGAUUGUUUUUAGAGUUUGACGUACAACCGAACCGUGUUCCCCUCCUUAACUCUGAAAAGCCAGGUGCUUUGCUGAAUGCUAUUUAAAUUUGAAUUCUGCACUUAAAUAUGUAGUAAAAUUAGACAUUUUUGUCAUUCUAAUUUUUAUCUCAAAAGCAAUUUUCAUUACAUUUUAAUGUGCCACUUGGGCUGUGAGGCUUUAAGAAGCUUUAAAAAAUAAGUGCAUACCUAGCACCCCUUAAGAAUCCUACAGGUAAAUCAUGUUUACCCGUCAUGAGAGUGUGUGUGGUCAUGAGAUGUACAGGUCUGAUUAAACCAAUUAUAUUGCACACAUUCUGCAGGAGAUAAUUUUUUGCCAAGAGUUCUGCGGCAGUUUGAUAAUAGAUUAAACUACACCAGUAUUCUUAGGACCUUAGAAGCUUUCUCCUUCCGAUUUAUGUUUUAUUUCAAUAGAUGCCUCUCAGAUAGGAGGAAUCAAGCCAUAAAUUUGCAUUUGCUGGACAUGAUAUACCAUGUCAUCGCUGUGACUACAGACUUCAAAGAUAAUUGUCUUACUCACCAUUGCACUGUAACAGUGACCAAAUAUAAUGUGAAACACUUGCUUCCUGCAGUGCUGCUGAUAGGCAAAGACAAGUGCUUGCUGCAGGUGUUUUUAACUCUAGGCAAGUAUGGGAGUCAUGGAAUUGUAAGCUCUGUCAGAGCAGGGACCCUCAUGUCUUCAUUCUUGUAUACAGGCACUCAAUAAAUAUCUGUGGAUAUGAACUA